AUGAAACAAAUAGUCUUUUGCAUCAUUAUUUCAAUACUUCUUGCUGUUUCAAUUAAAGCUAAUAAUAAUCCAUGUAUAUUCAAUUCCGAUAAUAAUGCAUUACCUUCAAAUUGGUCCUAUUCGAGUCUAGGCAAUGUGAAACGUUGUUUUCAAGCUAUACCAGUGAGUCAUACGAUAAUGAAUCAAACAAUUCAACAAUUAUUCAAUUCAUUGGAUUUUUAUAGUUUUUUGAGUAUAGUUCGUCAAAGUAAUUCACCUUAUUUCAUGAAUGUAGAUCUUCGAAAUGAAUUAAUCAAUAUCAAAAAUCAAUCAAAGAUAAAUUUUUAUCAAAAUGAUUAUGAUUUUCAUAUGUCCAUUGUAAGUUCAUUUAAAAAAUUAAACGAUUUUCAUACACAAUAUAUUGCACCAAAUGGCUAUGCUAAUUUUGUAUUAGUAUUACCAUUUAUUCUGGAAUUUUCUCCUUCGACACAGCAAAUCAAAAUUAAAAAAGGAAUUCAAUUAUAUUCUUCUAUUAUUGGAAAUAAUUCAAAUAUGAAUUAUAAUGAUAAAAUAGUAACAAAAAUUGAUAAUAUUCCUGCAUUCGAUUAUUUCAAACAAUUUUCUGAUCAACAUUCACUUAUUAGUAAAGAUAAAAAUGUAAAAUUAAAUUCUGUUUUUCGAGAAGAAUUUUGGUUACGAAAUCUAGCUAGUUAUCCAUUACCAUCAAAGAACGACAUAACAUUUACUAUUUUAGACAACAAUGAAAUAACAUUAACAUUUCCUUAUAUUGUUAUAAUAACAAAGAAAUUCGAUAAUCAAAUUAGUUUAAUGAAUGAAAAUAUGUUUUCCUCGCCAACUAUUUUUGAUCAAUCAAUGGUAUUGCAUUAUGUCACAAAUUUCGAACAUUUAAAUUGGUAUCAUGAAAGACAAAGUGAUGCUUUUGAUUAUAUAAUGGGUGAUCCUACUGCUUAUUAUUAUAUUCAUAAGAAAACAAAAACUAUCAUUAUCAAACUCGAAUCGUUUGAUGAGCAACAAUUUGAAAGUAUAAAAAAUGUUUUUCUAAAUGCUUCUGGAGAUACAUUGAUUAUUGAUUUGAUUGGUAAUCAGGGUGGUCACAGUUGUAUUGCAUAUAGUUUACUUCAUUAUUUAGUUCCUGAAUUUUUGAAUUUAACUGUUUUGUACGAAGCAUUCGAUGGCAGAAUAACAAAAUCAUUACAAUCAUUUUCAACAGCAUUUAGUUUUUAUCCGAAUUCAAUAUUAAAUCUUCAAACUGGUCAACCAUUUACAAAUUUGGAUUGGAUACAACCGUAUGUUAAUUAUACAAGAGGAAAUUCUACAGAUGAAUAUUCGAUGAAAUCUGGCAUUAAUUGUGAUGGACAAAUAUACGGUAGCGGAAAGUUUUGGCUUCGAAAUAGCACUAGUAGAAAAUAUUUUAAAUCGAUAUAUGCCUUAACAGAUGGUACAUGUGGCAGUGCGUGUAGUUUAUUUUUAUCGAAAUUAACAUUUGCGUCUAAUUUUAAAAAAGCUUAUGGUCUAGGUGGUGGUUAUGAUGGAAAUAGUUUAUUUGAGAGUUCGAGUUAUGCUGGUGGUGGUGCAUUUGAUUGGAAUUUUAUUGUUAGAUUUUAUAAUCUUGUAGUUAGCGAUAAUGAUUCGUCAAUUAGUUAUUUACCGACAAGUGCUUUCUUCAAUUUGAAUGUUUAUGAACUCUAUAUCGAUAAACUCAACGCUGACUAUCCAAGAGAAUUCGUUUCACAACUAAUUGACAAACGAGUUUCGAGUUCAGACUAUUUUAACUUAGAAUCAGCUCUAGAAGAAAUAAUCAAUGACGAUAAUCGACCAAAUGGAUACAAUCCAAUAAUAAAUAAGUCAUUAAAAAUAACUAUUCUAAGUCUACUCAUUCUAACAUUAGUGUUUAAUCCAAUUUAA